CUCCACUCUGUUUGUGGGGUUUUGUUGGGAUUGCGGUUUCUAUAGCAUAAUGGCGCCAAAGGUUUUCAGGAAAAACAUAUGGCAAUGGCGCCGAAAGCGUGCAAAAGCAAAACCCUUGAUCGACCCAAACGGGAUGUUCGCCGGGAUGGUGGUUCUCUUGGUGGCGAAUGGAGUUCAGCCCCGCCGGCUAGAGAUUUGGAAGCAGAAGCUGGUGCAGAAGAGGGCUACCGUCGAGGACUACUUCUCCAAGAAGGUCAAUUGCGUUUUUGCUAUGAGCCCAGAAGCCCUUCUCAAGCAAUUGGAUAGACAACGCCUUGAAAGCUUCAAGGGAAGAGUUCUCCUUUUUCAGUGGCUAGAGGAGAGCCUGAGAUUAGGGGAAAAGGUUUCUGAGGAUUUAUACCGCAUAGACAUCAAUUCAGAAGGAGGGGAUACUAGAAGUAUGUCUCAAAGUGCUAAGGAUAGUGAAGAACCUUCUCUGAAGAAGACGAGAUAUAAUCCAGAGAACGUGGAAAGUUUAAAAGCUGAUAGCAGGGAUGAUUCAGCGGAUAGUCCCAGAAUCUCUGAGAGCGUAGACUACUCUCUUAGCCCUGGAAGGACCAGCCCGAAAUCUUAUAGCAGUUCGAAUAUGGAUUUGAUUGGUUGCCUGUAUGUGCAGUUGUCCUUGGAGUAUAAUCCACCUGAUUUAAACAGAAACAUCACUGAGAUAUUUGGAAAACUUAUCAACAUCUAUCGGGCGUUGGGUGAUGAUCGGAGGUCUUUUAGCUAUCACAAGGCAAUCCCAGUCAUAGAGAAGUUGCCAUUCAAAAUCGAGAGCGCAGAGCAGGUGAAAGGUCUGCCUGGGAUUGGAAAGUCAUUGCAGGACCACAUUCAGGAAAUAGUGACUACUGGAAAAUUAUCCAAGUUGGAGCACUUUGAAACAGAUGAAAAGGUAUGUGCCAUAACUUUAUUCGGAGAAAUUUGGGGUGUUGGUCCAGCUACUGCCCUGAAGUUGUAUGAGAAAGGACAUCGCAGGUUAGAGGAUCUGGAAAAUGAGGAUUUAUUGACUACUUCACAGAAGAUAGGGUUGAAGUACUUUGAUGACAUUAGGACAAGGAUUCCACGCAACGAGGUUCAAGAAAUGGAAGGACUGCUGCAGAAAACUGGAGAAGAAAUUUUGCCUGGGGUACUUAUUCUAUGUGGCGGAUCUUACAGACGUGGGAAAGCAUCUUGUGGAGACAUGGAUAUUGUAGUUACUCACCCCGAUGGAAAAAGCCAUAAAGGAUUUUUGUCGAAGUUUGUGAAACGGUUGAAGGAUAUGAAGUUCUUGAGAGAAGAUUUAGUUUUCACCACUCACAGUGAACAGGGUACUGAUUCUGGUGUUGACACAUACUUUGGUCUUUGUACAUAUCCAGGAAGGGAAUUGCGACGCCGGAUAGAUUUCAAGGUGAAAAGAGUGCUGAUAUGUCAUCUCUCCGGACCAUAAUGGUCAAUUCAUUAGUUUAAUCCUUCUCAUUCUGUAGGUAUAUCCAAGAGAUAUAUAUGCUUUUGGUCUCAUAGCUUGGACUGGGAAUGAUGUACUGAACAGAAGGUUGAGGCUCCUAGCAGAGUCCAAAGGUUUCCGGCUUGAUGAUACCGGUCUAUUUCCAGCUACUCACUCCUCAGGUGGAAAACGGGGUACAAGGGCAACAGCAAGCUUGAAACUUCAGACGGAGAAGGAAGUGUUUGACUACUUGGGUUUCCCAUGGCUUGAACCCCACGAAAGAAACUUGUGAGAUGUGUACAUACAUGUUCUGCUUUUGCAGUCAUCUAUGCAGACACAAGCAUCCAAGACCAUGUGCAGGGACUUAGUACUACUAGCAGUCUAACCGUCGUCGCCCUUUAGUGGCGCCUGGAGAGGAAGGGAAGCCGUAGAAUUGUGAUUUGGUAAUGACCUCCACAUGAUAGUUCUCCAGCAUAACAUUUUUGCUAACGAUUCCAUUGUCUAUAUUCAGCUCGAGAGUCAUGAAUGUGCAGCGCAAACUGGGCUUUUGUGCAGAAUGAAGGAAAUUUUCCAUUGAUAUGUUUUGAUAAAUUAUUAGCUCAUCUCUUGGCCUCCUGCGGUCCACGGUAUAAUAUUAGCAACUUUGGCAAUUUUGAUUAGGGUUAAAGGUGCUUAUUGCCUUUUUGCUAUGCAAAGUUAUCAAACAUGCUGCUUUAUAAAUUUCAC